GGAAAUUUGCGGGUCAAAUUCGAAUUAGAGUUUUGGGCAGCUUUGUUUAGAAAAUAGCUCCACUUUUUUCGAUAUUAUCUUCUCUCGUCUUCGUCCCCAAAACUUUCAUCGUAAAUCCAUAUUUUCUAUCUUUUUCUUUUUUACUGGGAUUUUUCUAAAUUAAUCUUGCAAUUGAUUUGUAGAUUCAUCAAAUUCUCGUUCCCCUCUAUCUAUUGAUAUCAAUUUUGAUCUAUUUCGUUUAUAAUUCUAGGGUUAGGGUUGUUGAUCUCCUCUCUAGUUGUUUAAUAUCUUGAUCCAUCGUUUCCUUUCGCUAUUUACAUCGAUUUUCUUAAAUAUUCCUUUUAAUUUCGAUGUCAAUUUCAUGUUUUUCGUCCCCGAUUGAAAUCUAGGGUUCAUAUUUAUCGAUCUAUCUUAGGGCUUUCCAGAUCUAUAAAUUAUCAAAGGGCUUUCUCUUGAUUUGUAUAGAUUUGAUCAAUUCUUAUCCAAUUCAUACUUGAUUUGGUUGAUUUUUGGGUAGGCUCGAAUCUAGGGUUAGGGUUUCUUCUGAUUUGGGGAUUUUCGUUUUUUUUUUUCCAACUUAAGCUUCUAAAGGCUGAAAAUUCCUAUCGAACAUCCCUAGUUUAAGUCUUCUGGUGGCGUUCUAGUUUGGUUCUAUCCCUAGUGAAGUUGGCCUGAAACGUUAUCCGAGUUUACUUGUUUAGAGAGGUUGAAAAUGGGAUUCAAACGCCCUUUUGAAGAUGAGAAAUUUCAUGAGCUCCCACUCAAACAUUCUAGACAACUUGGCUAUACCGAUAAGUCGACUCAGUUUGAAGAAGUUAGUCCUCACCAUGCUGGUUUUCAGAAAACUGUUGCCACGGUGAAUGAGGGAAAUCUUUGUAAGUCACAAGGCGGUGAAUCUUCUGAUGCUGAUAUGUUUGGCGAAGAGUCCAAUUUUGUUUACCCGGUUCAUGACAUGGAUGAUACUUUUACAUGGGAUACAAAAGGUUGUGGUGGAAGAGAUGCAACUAACUCUCCCCAUUCUGGAAAGUAUUUUGAGCUAGAUAUACCUCCAAGAGUGUUUGCUCCUGUUGAGACUUUCUAUUCAUUCCUCCUGGAUCAACCUGCCAGAAAGAAAGUGCCCAUUGGACCAGGUUAUCAAGCCGAAAUUCCUGAAUGGGAAGGUAGUCAGACUGGAAACACAGAGCCCUCAGGCAUGUCGGUUCAAAAUCACAUUAGUGGAUGUGCUGAUGGUGAUAAGUUGUUUGGUACAUCUGUUAUUCCCAUGCCUGGUUUGACUACAUUUGCACAUAUGGAUGACAUAGUAGGGAAGGGUAGAAAGUUCUGUGUCUGCCGGGACAUGGGUUCUGUCAGGUGUGUGUGCCAGCACAUCAAAGAAGCUAGAGAAGACUUAGUUAAGACGUUUGGAAAUGAGACAUUCAAAGGCCUGGGCUUAUGUGAUAUGGGGGAAGAAGUUGCACGGAACUGGAGCGAUGAAGAUGCACAACUUUUUCAUGAGGUUGUUUAUUCCAAUCCUGUAACAUUGGGUCGGAACUUUUGGAAGCACUUGGAAGCUGCAUUUUGUUCCCGAACUCAGAAAGAGAUUGUUAGCUUCUACUUUAACGUUUUUGUCCUCGGAAGGAGAGCCAUUCAGAACAGAGCUUUUAUAUUGGACAUUGACAGUGAUGAUGAUGAAUGGCAUGGAUGUUAUGGAGGCUCUUCGGGUUUUCCUUAUGUUGAAGAAGAUGAAGAAGACUCUGCUAUUGAGUCUCCUCUUCAUCAAGGGACUGAGAAAGUGUAUCCACUCCAUCACGAAGAGGAUGAAGAAGAUGCCAAUAAUAGCGGCAAUGAUGAAGAUGAUGCCUAUGUUGAUACUAGAGAAAGUGGCACUGGACUGUAUGACGAGCACACGAUGAAUUCAACAGUUGAAUACAUGGAUAGAUUUUCUGGGAACAAUGGGGAGAGACUGAACUUGGAAGAUGACUCGUGCACGUCCUUUGAACUUGCACAUGAUGCAGUGAACUGUGGAAAGAAAGAUGAGACUGUUCCUGGAGAGCAUCAGAAGAAGUGUAAUGAUCCAAUGGACGACACUAAAGUCUGGGCUGAUUCGAGUUGUUUGAAUGUUUCAACAAAUGGCAAAGAUCUUCAACCAACGCGGAGAAUCAUGGAGGAAAUAUUUGGUAAUGGAUCAUGGGAAAACAAGGCAAGAAACAAGUGAAGAAGAAGCAAACAUCAUUCUCAACAACUUGCAGAAUCAUGGGAGAGAUAUUUGGGGUUUAUGGGGUCCUCCUACAAAAAUGUUCCUAUUAAAAGUAGAGAGAGGAGAGAGAGACUUUUAGACUUAAGAAUUUUCCAGCCUUUGUUUCUCAUGUGAAUGGGCUGUUGUUUCUCUUUUCUUGGGGCCCUCUUUCUCAAAAUCCUUUACUUAGAAUGUCAGAAUCUCUCUGAUUUGUAGUAAAAGAUUUUCUCUCCUUU